CUGGGCUGGGCGCCCCCUGGUUCUACUGGUGGGGGCGCUGGGCCGGAUCCCCAGAAGCGAAGGGGGGAAGGAGACCCCUGCCCAUUUCCUGCACCAGCAUAAGGUCGAGUGCCUCUUCCUCAAUGGGACGCAGCGGGUGCGAUACCUGAAUCGGUACUUCUAUGACGGGCAGGAGUUUGCCCAGUUUGACAGCGACCUCGGGGGAUAUGUGGCCAUCACGGCAUUUGGGAAGGUGGAUGUGGACUAUUGGAACAGCGAUGAGCAGCGCCUGCAGUACCAGAAGGCCAGAGUGGAUUCCUUAUGCCGAUACAACUACAAGAUCGGCAGCUACAAGGCAGCCAAGAGGGAGGAGCAAGUGUUUGGCCGGAGAG